CAUAUAAUUUCUAUCUUUAGUAGACAUUUUGAUCUUAUGCUUACAUUGUAUUGCAGCUAUGUUCCGUUAUACGUAAAUUAAACGAUACGUAGACUCUAAAUGAUUUAUAUCGUGUGUUAUUAUAUAGAUUAAAUUCUGAUAAAAUUCUGAUUAUAUCUCUUCUUGCUAUUUAUUAUUAGUAUAUUCUAUAUAUAUUAAUACAAAGAAAAAUGUUAGUUUAAUUCUGAUAGUGAAAAGUGUAAUUUUCUUGUUUUAUUUUAUCUUUCUAUGGUGGAAUGGUCAGUCUUAUUAGAAAUUUAAAUACAUCAGGUAGUGGAGCUGUAUAUUUUGACUCAUCUCAUAACAUGGAUGACGAAGAAUAUCUUCAACCUGUAUUAACUUCUCAAGAACAACAUUUCCAUAAAUUAGAUACUGUUCUAAUUACAUUUAUCCCUCUUAUAUUUGGUGUAUCUUUAGAAAUUACAGGAAUUAUAUUUAUAGCUGUAUGGCCUGAAGAAAAUAAUAAAUGUGAUACAUAUUUUAUAUAUUUAUAUCUUCACUGUGCAUAUUGGUUGUUAAUAAUGUUAACAGAUCAUUUAGUAAAAAGAAAACAUCAUAAGCUUCGUAUUUAUGGAUAUCUUGAUUUUUAUCAAUCAACGUACCAACAAAUAAGAACACCUCUUUUCAUAGCAUCGUUAUGGAUAACAUGUUAUUUAUUAUUAGCUGUGUUUUUGCAUCACACACAUAAAGUUAAUUAUGAACAAUAUUGUCGUGCAUCAGAAUGGUUCACACCAUUAAAUUAUAUAGUGCUUUUGACUACAUUGGAACUUAUAAUUAUUGUACCAGUUUAUAUAAAUUAUAUUAAACAAGUUUUAAGAUUUAAUCGAUUACGUCCACCAGCUGAUGUUGCUAGAGAAGAAUGGUUAUCUUCUUUUACUCAAGAUACAUAUGCAGGUAGUAAUGAAGUAGGUUAUCGUCAUAGAGAAUCUAAUUUAGAAGAAUUGCUUGAAAAACAAGCGGAUUUAAUAAGAUAUUUAAGAGAUCAUAAUGUUAAGUUAAGUCAUAGAAUGAUGCUGUUGGCAACCCAACGUAGAUUACCUGAAGCAUGAGAUUCUGACAGAGUACAAGCCUUAUAUGUAUAAGUGAUAUUUUAUCAUAUAUAUGUAAUUAUAAUAUUAAGAGUAUGAGACAAAUACUUUCAUUUUAUAA